AUGAAGGAAUAUCAAAGAUUACAUAAAGAGGUGACAAUCCUUGAUCCUCCUGAAGCAAUUCAACGCUUGCACAAUCGUGAAUCAAUGCUUGAGGCGAAGUUUGCAUUCCAAGGCAGCAGGUGGUUUCGAACUGCAUUCCAAAGGCAGCAGGUGGUUUCGAACAUUCAUUCUCCGGUCCCUGAUGAGGUGGCUAAGGCAGGAUUAAGUGUACCUCUAGUAGUGAAACCGUUGGUCGUGGAUGGAAGCGCAAAGUGCCAUGAACUAUUUCUCGCGUAUGACCAUUUUUCUCUCUCGGAGCUGGAAGCUCCCGUGGUUUUACAGGAGUUCGUAAAUCAUGAUUUCUGGUGUGUUCAAGUUCCCAAGAGUUUCUUCUGCUGCUGCUUCUGCUGA